AGCUUGUAGAGACGGAAGGAGGACGUCUCGGGGGUAUCAUUGAGACCGAGAUCGGAAGUCCGUGAUCCUCUAUCAGUCUAUCUCUUUUGAGAAUCUGUGUGACAGAGUGGGAGAGAAGAUGGGCGACGCACGGCGCGCAGGUUGUUGCCCGCCGGUGGAUCUUUUCCGGUCGGAGCCGAUGCAGCUGGUUCAGCUCAUCAUUCCUAUGGAGUCCGCUCACCUUACUGUCUCCUACCUCGGUGAUCUAGGUCUUCUUCAGUUCAAAGAUCUCAAUGUUGAGAAGAGCCCUUUUCAAAGGACUUACGCUAGUCAGCUAAAAAGAUGUGGAGAGAUGGCACGGAAAUUACGAUAUUUCAAGGAGCAAAUGUUCAAGGCUGGUGUUUCACCCACAACUUUGGAUACUGAUGUUGAUGAGAACAUGGAUGAUUUAGAGGUAAAACUUGCUGAGCUUGAGGCAGAAUUAACUGAGAUGAAUGCAAAUGGUGAAAAGUUGCAACGCUCUUACAAUGAACUUGUGGAAUAUAAGCUCGUUCUUCAGAAGGCUAGCGAGUUUUUCCAUUCAGCUCAGAAUCGUGCCUUGGAGCAGCAGAGAGAAAUUGAAUCACAUCAGAGUGGAGAGUCUAUGGAAACACCAUUAUUACAAGAUCAAGAAAUGUCAACAGAUCCAUCAAAGCAAGUGAAGUUGGGUUUCCUAGCUGGUCUUGUUCCCAGGGAAAGAUCCAUGGCAUUUGAGAGAAUUUUAUUUCGUGCUACUAGGGGCAAUGUGUUUCUGAGGCAAGUCAUUGUUGAGGAUCCUGUCACAGACCCUGUUUCUGGAGAAAAGAUUGAGAAAAAUGUGUUUUUAGUCUUCUAUGCUGGUGAAAGAGCAAAAUCCAAGAUUCUGAAAAUAUGUGAUGCCUUUGGAGCAAAUCGUUAUCCUUUUGCCGAGGAAUCAGGAAAACAAGUUCAAAUGAUUGCAGAGGUCUCAGCAAGACUCUCAGAGUUGAAGACAACUAUAGAUACUGGACUGCUGCACCAGGGUAACUUGCUCCAGAUUAUUGGGGAUCAAUUUAAUCAGUGGAAUCUUCUGGUGAGAAAGGAGAAAUCCAUAUAUCAUACCCUGAACAUGCUUAGCCUUGAUGUGACCAAAAAAUGCCUAGUGGCUGAGGGUUGGAGUCCUGUUUUUGCAACAAAGCAGAUACAGGACGCCUUGGAGCGGGCAGCAUAUGACUCUAACUCCCAAGUUGGUACCAUUUUCCAAGUUUUGCAUUCUAGGGAGUUACCACCUACAUAUUUCCGAACAAAUAAAUUCACUUCUUCAUUUCAAUCCAUUGUUGAUGCAUACGGGGUGGCUAAGUAUCAGGAGGCAAAUCCUGCUGUAUAUACUAUAAUUACCUUUCCAUUUCUUUUUGCGGUAAUGUUUGGUGAUUGGGGGCAUGGAAUAUGUUUACUACUGGCAACUUUGUAUCUACUAAUAAGGGAGAAAAAGUAUUCUAGCCAGAAGCUUGGAGAUAUUAUGGAAAUGACUUUUGGAGGUCGUUAUGUUAUUCUGAUGAUGGCUCUCUUCUCAAUCUUCACUGGUUUGAUCUAUAAUGAGUUCUUCUCCGUCCCAUUUGAACUCUUUGGUCCCUCAGCAUAUGCAUGCCGUGACUUUUCUUGCAGAGAUGCCACUUCUGCAGGUUUGAUAAAAGCACGUCCCACAUACCCAUUUGGAGUGGACCCAGCAUGGCAUGGUUCAAGAAGUGAAUUGCCAUUCCUCAAUUCAUUGAAAAUGAAAAUGUCAAUUCUUCUUGGGGUGGCUCAGAUGAACCUUGGAAUUAUAAUAAGCUUUUUCAAUGCCAAAUUCUUUGGCAAUGCCCUGAAUGUAUGGUUCCAAUUUAUUCCCGAGAUUAUAUUUCUCAACAGUUUGUUUGGUUACCUAUCCCUCCUUAUCGUUGUGAAGUGGUGCACUGGUUCAAAAGCUGAUUUGUACCAUGUAAUGAUCUACAUGUUUCUGAGUCCUACAGAUGAUUUGGGAGAAAACCAGCUCUUUCCUGGUCAGAAGACUUUGCAGCUUGUACUGUUACUUCUGGCCCUUGUCUCUGUGCCCUGGAUGUUGAUACCAAAACCUUUUCUUUUGAAGAAGCAACACGAUAGGCACCAGGGCGAAUCCUAUGCACCACUUCAAAGCACAGAGGAGAGCUUGCUAGUGGAGCCAAAUCAUGAUUCCCAUGGUCAUGAAGAAUUUGAGUUCAGUGAAGUCUUUGUCCAUCAACUCAUACACACCAUUGAAUUUGUACUUGGAGCAGUGUCUAAUACAGCUUCUUACCUUCGUCUUUGGGCCCUUAGCCUUGCGCAUUCGGAGUUGUCAACUGUUUUCUAUGAAAAGGUUCUUCUUCUUGCAUGGGGGUACAACAAUGUGAUCAUUCUUAUAGUGGGUUUCAUUGUCUUUGUUUUUGCAACUGUGGGGGUGUUACUUGUGAUGGAAACCCUCAGCGCCUUCCUCCAUGCUCUGCGUCUUCACUGGGUGGAGUUCCAAAAUAAGUUCUACGAGGGAGAUGGAUACUCAUUCCAUCCUUACUCGUUUGCGUUGCUAGAUGAUGAAGAUGAAUGAUCAUUUAAAAUCAUUCAAGAAUCUUAGAUCGUUGGAUAGCUCAGCCUUGGACCUGUAGUGAUUCAUUUUUUGUUUCGACCGAUUCAGUGAUUGGUUUCUGCAGCAUUGUUUGUGGUGAUGGCAUCGUGGGGACUUUUUCAUCCAGCGUCAUUCCGUAUCAUCUUUGUUUAAUUUAUGCCAUUGAAGGAAUAAAUGGAUUCCCUCUCAGAGGGAAUGACUGUGCACGGGCUGGGCAGGAAUGGCUAAGUGUAAUAAUUACUUCCUAUUAGUUCAUUAUAUUGAUAACUUAAUUUGCGCAAUAUCAAAAUAAAUUAUUUGUAUUUUAAGAGUUAGGGUAUGUUUCCCAGGCUAUCAUUAGUAGAUUUGUGUUAUUCAACUCUUGCAUUUGCAAGUAGAUGAGUGUAAGUCAUGUUAUGUAAGGGCUUUGACGAAUUCACUUCAGCGUUUUUAUCGUUAAGCUCGAACACCCAAUAGCUAUUGUGGUGCCAUUGUCUA